AUGCACGGCGGGCGCAGUGCGGCGCACCCCCAAGCCAGCGGCAUGGACGCGGUGAUUGCCGAGGCGGAGCGCGCAGGCAAGCGUCUGGGCGACCCCGUGAAGACGAUCGAGGACAAGUGGAUGCUCUUGCCCGCGUUUCUCCAGGUCAAGGGGCUCGUGAAGCAGCACAUUGACUCGUUCAACUACUUUGUGGACGUCGACCUGCGCAACAUUAUCCGCGCGAACGAGCGUGUGACGUCCGACAUCGACCCCAAGUUUUAUCUAAAGUAUACCGACAUCUCGGUCGGCCGCCCGGAGCGUGCCGAUCCCGACGCAAUCGACCGCAGCAUCACGCCGCACGAGUGCCGCCUACGCGACAUUACGUACAGCGCGUUCAUCUACGUGGACAUUGAGUACACGCGCGGCGGCAAGAUUGUGCGCCGCAAGAAUGUGCCGAUCGGCCGCCUGCCGAUCAUGCUGCGCAGCAACAAGUGCUGGCUCGCGGGCCAGGACGACGCGGCGCUGGCGCGCAUGAACGAGUGCCCGCUCGACCCGGGCGGCUACUUUGUGGUAAAGGGCACGGAAAAGGUGAUUCUCGUGCAGGAGCAGCUGUCCAAGAACCGCAUCAUUGUCGAGGCGGAUGCGCGGAAAGGGCUCGUGCAGGCGUCGGUCACCUCGUCGACGCACGAGCGCAAGUCCAAGUCGUACGUCUUGACCAAGCACGGGUUGAUCUAUGUCAAACACAACUCGCUGCACGAAGACAUCCCGAUCGUGAUCGUCUUUCGCGCCCUCGGCAUCCAAUCCGACCGCGAAAUCCUCCAGCUGACCGCCGGCCAGGACGAGCAGUACGCGGAACUCUUUGCAGUGAACCUGGAAAAGGCCGCCAAGCUCGAGGUCUUUACGCGAAAACAGGCGCUCGACUAUAUCGGCGCCCGCGUCAAGAUCAUGCGCCGCGGCGUCGGCCUGCGCCGCUCGCCGGCCGACGAGGCGGUUGAGGUGCUCGCGACGGUCAUUAUGGCGCACGUUCCAGUGGAAAACUUCGACUUCCGCAACAAGGCGAUCUACAUUGCGGCAAUGGUGCGCCGCGUGCUGGUUUGCAUGGUCGACGAAAGCAAGGUCGACGACCGCGACUAUGUCGGCAACAAGCGCCUCGAGCUUGCCGGGCAGCUCCUCUCGCUCCUCUUUGAGGACCUGUUCAAAAAGUUCAACCACGAUUUAAAGACCAACAUCGACAAGGUGCUCAAGAAGCCGAACCGCACCGCCGAGUUUGACGCGUACAACCAGUUCUUUUACCACGGCGACUACAUCACCGCGGGCUUUGUGCGUGCGAUCUCGACCGGCAACUGGAGCCUGAAGCGUUUCAAGAUGGAGCGCGCGGGCGUGACGCACGUCCUUUCGCGCCUGAGCUACAUCAGUGCUCUCGGCAUGAUGACGCGCAUUAGCAGCCAGUUUGAAAAGACGCGCAAGGUCUCGGGGCCUCGUGCGCUGCAGUCGAGCCAGUGGGGCGUGCUCUGCCCGUCCGACACGCCCGAAGGCGAGGCGUGCGGUCUUGUCAAGAACCUGGCGCUGAUGACGCACAUCACGACCGACGUCGACGAGGCGCCGAUCGUCAAGAUGUGCUACACGCUCGGCCUCGAGGACAUCAACCUCCUCACGGGCGCGGAGCUGUAUCAGCCCAACAUGUUUGUCGUGUACAUCAACGGCAACGUGCUCGGCGUGACGCGCUUCCCCCAGCGCUUUGUCGCCCAAUUCCGCCGCCUGCGUCGCGCCGGGCACAUUUCCGCGUUUGUCGGCAUCUACACCAACGCGCACCACCAGACAGUGCACAUUGCCUCGGACGGCGGCCGCAUCUGCCGCCCGAUGAUCAUUGUGGACCGCGGCCAGCCCCGCGUGAACAGCGCGCACAUCAAGGCGCUGCAGGAGAAGCGCAUGUCGUUUGACGACUUCCUCACCGCCGGUCUCGUCGAGUACCUGGAUGUGAACGAGGAGAACGACAGCAACAUUGCGCUCUUUGAGCACAACAUCAGCAGCACCACGACCCACCUCGAGAUUGAGUGCUUUACGAUCCUCGGCGCGGUCGCGGGUCUGAUUCCCUAUCCCCACCACAACCAGUCGCCGCGCAACACGUACCAGUGUGCGAUGGGCAAGCAAGCCAUCGGCGCGAUUGCGUACAACCAACUCAACCGUAUCGACACGCUGCUCUACCUCAUGGUCUAUCCCCAGCAACCAAUGGUCAAGACCAAGACGAUCGAGCUGAUUGGGUACGACAAGCUUCCGGCCGGCCAGAACGCCAUGGUGGCGGUCAUGAGCUACUCUGGCUACGAUAUCGAGGACGCGCUCGUGCUCAACAAGGCGUCGCUCGACCGCGGCUUUGGGCGCUGCCAGGUGAUGCGCAAGCAGUCGACGGUCCUGCGCAAGUACGCCAACGGCACCUUUGAUCGCCUUGCGGAUGCGCCAGUGACCGACAGCGGCGAGCGCAUGCGCCGCUUCGAGUGCCUCGAGGCGGACGGCAUUGCGGGCGCGGGCGAACGCCUCGAGCCCGGCGACGUGUUUGUCAACAAGCAGAUGCCGACGAAUGCGAAUGACAACAGCGCCGGCACGAUGCUCAACACGGCCGUGUCGUACAAGAGUGCGCCGCUCUCGUACAAGGCCCCGGUCGAGGGCUACGUCGACCAGGUGCUCAUUUCCGACACCGACUCGGACCAAACGCUGGUCAAGGCGCUGAUUCGGCAGACGCGCCGCCCGGAGCUCGGCGACAAGUUCUCCUCGCGCCACGGCCAAAAAGGUGUGUGUGGUUUGAUUGUGCCGCAGGCCGACAUGCCCUUCACCGACCAAGGCAUCUGCCCGGACAUUAUCAUGAACCCGCACGGCUUCCCGUCGCGUAUGACGGUCGGCAAGAUGAUCGAGCUGCUUGCCGGCAAGGCCGGUGUCAUUGACGGCUCGUUGCAGUACGGCACGGCCUUUGGCGGGUCCAAGGUCGAGGACAUGUCGCGCAUCCUCGUCGAAAACGGCUACAACUAUGCCGGCAAAGAGUUCCUCACGAGCGGCAUGACCGGCGAGCCGAUGGAGGCGUACGUGUACUUUGGCCCGAUCUACUACCAGAAGCUGAAGCACAUGGUCAUGGACAAGAUGCACGCCCGUGCGCGUGGACCGCGCGCCGUCCUCACCCGUCAGCCGACCGAGGGCCGCUCGCGCGAUGGUGGCCUGCGCCUCGGCGAGAUGGAGCGCGACUGUCUGAUUGGCUACGGCGCCACGCAGCUCCUCCUCGAGCGCCUCAUGGUCAGCUCAGACGCGUUUGUGGUGAAUGUGUGCGAGGAGUGCGGUCUCCUUGGCUACAACGGCUACUGUGGCUACUGCAAGAGCUCCAAGAACGUCGUCAAGCUCACUGUCCCAUACGCAACCAAGCUCUUGUUCCAAGAGCUGAUGGCCAUGCAGGUCGUCCCCCGUCUCGUGCUCGAAGACGCCGUAUAG